AAAGCGGGAAGCUAGUAUCUGUCAUAUGCUGAAGCAUCCACACAUUGUAGAGUUAUUGGAGACAUACAGCUCAGAUGGAAUGCUUUACAUGGUUUUUGAAUUUAUGGAUGGAGCAGAUCUGUGUUUUGAAAUCGUAAAACGAGCAGAUGCUGGUUUUGUGUACAGUGAAGCUGUAGCCAGUCAUUACAUGAGACAGAUACUGGAAGCACUCCGCUAUUGUCAUGAUAAUAACAUCAUUCACAGGGAUGUGAAGCCACACUGUGUUCUCCUCGCCUCAAAGGAAAACUCUGCACCUGUUAAACUGGGGGGCUUUGGGGUAGCUAUUCAACUGGGGGAGUCUGGACUUGUAGCUGGAGGCCGCGUUGGAACACCUCAUUUCAUGGCCCCAGAAGUGGUCAAAAGAGAACCUUAUGGAAAGCCUGUGGACGUCUGGGGUUGUGGCGUGAUCCUUUUUAUUCUGCUAAGUGGUUGUUUGCCUUUUUAUGGAACCAAGGAAAGAUUGUUUGAAGGCAUUAUUAAAGGAAAAUAUAAGUUGAAUCCAAGGCAGUGGAGCCAUAUCUCUGAAAGUGCCAAAGAUCUAGUACGUCGUAUGCUAAUGUUGGAUCCCGCCGAAAGAAUCACCGUUUAUGAAGCCCUGAAUCAUCCAUGGCUUAAGGAGCGAGAUCGUUAUGCCUACAAGAUUCAUCUUCCAGAAACAGUGGAGCAACUGAGAAAAUUCAAUGCAAGGAGGAAACUAAAGGGUGCAGUACUAGCAGCUGUGUCGAGUCAUAAAUUCAACUCCUUCUAUGGGGAUCCCCCUGAAGAGUUACCAGAUUUUUCUGAAGACCCUACCUCCUCAGGAGCAGUCUCACAGGUGCUGGACAGCCUGGAAGAAAUUCAUGCACUUACAGACUGCAGUGAAAAGGACUUAGAUUUUCUACACAGUGUUUUCCAGGAUCAGCAUCUUCACACAUUACUAGAUCUAUAUGACAAAAUUAACACGAAGUCUUCACCACAAAUCAGGAAUCCUCCAAGUGAUGCAGUACAGAGAGCCAAAGAGGUAUUGGAAGAAAUUUCAUGUUACCCUGAAAAUAAUGAUGCAAAGGAACUAAAGCGUAUUUUAACACAACCUCAUUUCAUGGCCUUACUUCAGACUCACGACGUAGUGGCACAUGAAGUUUACAGUGAUGAAGCAUUGAGGGUAACACCACCUCCCACCUCUCCCUAUCUGAAUGGUGAUUCUCCAGAAAGCGCUAAUGGAGACAUGGAUAUGGAGAAUGUGACCAGAGUUCGACUGGUACAAUUCCAAAAGAACACAGAUGAACCAAUGGGAAUCACUCUAAAAAUGAAUGAACUAAAUCAUUGUAUUGUUGCAAGAAUUAUGCAUGGGGGCAUGAUUCACAGGCAAGGUACACUGCACGUUGGGGAUGAAAUUAGAGAAAUCAAUGGCAUCAGUGUAGCUAACCAAACAGUGGAGCAGCUGCAAAAGAUGCUUAGGGAAAUGCGGGGGAGUAUUACCUUCAAGAUUGUGCCAAGUUACCGCACUCAGUCUUCAUCCUGUGAGGACUUGCCAUCAACCACCCAACCAAAAGGACGACAGAUCUAUGUAAGAGCACAAUUUGAAUAUGAUCCAGCCAAGGAUGACCUUAUCCCCUGCAAAGAAGCUGGUAUUCGAUUCAGAAUUGGUGACAUAAUCCAGAUAAUCAGUAAGGAUGAUCACAAUUGGUGGCAGGGUAAAUUAGAGAACUCAAAAAAUGGAACUGCAGGUCUCAUUCCUUCUCCUGAACUUCAAGAAUGGCGAGUGGCUUGCAUUGCCAUGGAGAAGACCAAGCAGGAGCAGCAGGCCAGCUGUACCUGGUUUGGCAAGAAAAAGAAGCAAUACAAAGACAAAUACUUGGCAAAGCACAAUGCAGUGUUUGAUCAAUUAGAUCUCGUUACAUAUGAAGAAGUAGUAAAACUGCCAGCAUUCAAAAGGAAAACACUAGUCUUAUUAGGUGCACAUGGUGUUGGGAGAAGACACAUAAAAAACACCCUCAUUACAAAGCACCCGGACCGCUUUGCAUACCCUAUUCCACAUACAACCAGACCUCCAAAGAAAGAUGAAGAAAAUGGAAAGAAUUACUACUUUGUAUCUCAUGACCAAAUGAUGCAAGAUAUCUCUAAUAAUGAGUACCUGGAGUAUGGCAGCCAUGAAGAUGCCAUGUAUGGGACAAAGUUGGAAACCAUCCGGAAGAUCCAUGAGCAGGGGCUGAUUGCAAUACUGGACGUAGAGCCUCAGGCACUGAAGGUCCUGAGAACUGCAGAGUUUGCUCCUUUUGUUGUUUUUAUUGCCGCACCUACUAUUACUCCAGGUUUAAAUGAGGAUGAAUCUCUUCAGCGCCUGCAGAAGGAGUCUGACAUCUUGCAAAGAACAUAUGCACACUACUUUGAUCUCACAAUUAUCAACAAUGAAAUUGAUGAAACAAUCAGACAUCUGGAGGAAGCCAUUGAGCUCGUGUGCACAGCCUCACAGUGGGUCCCAGUCUCCUGGGUCUAUUAGGCCUCUCCCCAGAUAUCUGACGCAUACCUGGGAACCACCUCAUACAUGGAAAAGCCUCUUUGUUAUCAGCCUUGUGUCAGCAGGUCGUGGUCCCUAGAGACUACCUAGUUUUAGUGUGACCUACAUUUAUAAUUAUUGUCAUGUCCGAAUAGAUAGGAGGAGAAAAACAAUUACACACUAAUUUAAAGAGACAGUAUCUUUUUUAAUCAGUUCUCCUAAACUUUAAUAAAGUGUAUCUUUAAAUGUAUCCUUUGGAAUGUUAUAUUUUUGGAAAUCAUAGCUUUUUAUUUCCAAGGCCCCUAAAAACUGCACAAAAAUAGAUGCUGCUUUCUAUAAUCUAUUUUAAUAAUAAUAAAAAAAUAAUUCUGUUACCUUGACUGGGGGUGGAACACUACAUUGUUUUUAGAGUCUGAUUUUAUGAAUUGGAACAUCAUUCUUUCCUUUAUUUAUUUGAAAUAAUUAGUCUAGUGAUUACAAAACAAUCAUAAAUUUUUAAAGGCCUUUUUUCUCUCUUUCUUUUUAGAGUAGUAUUUUUUUUAAGUCCUUUUAUGUAACAUCCAGAUAAUGUGAUACUGUCUCUUUGAAGCACCCUGUAAACCUUUUAGAGAUUUGAAGUUGGGUCUUGACUCUUAAUGCAUGUGGACAGUCGCAAGCAUUUAUGCUGUCGGUGUGUCUGUGUUGGACAAAAAAAAAUAUCUGUAAUCUACAGCAAAGUACAUUCCGUUCACGGGGCACACCCAGGGGAAUAAGAAUAAAAUGCUAUUAUGACUAAGUUGUAAACCUAUGCACAUCCCUUGCAUUUUGGGCAACUUUAUAUAUUAAAGAAAAAAAGCAAACCACCCUGAUUUUUAUUAAUAAUAAUCAUGUAGUGAAAUGUGUUUGUAAUUUUGUCUCAAUUUAAUUUGUUGUAAGGUGGGAGGGGGAAUUGCUGGUUUCACCAUUUCAGAUCUGUGUUGUCUGAGAGUAUUAAUGUUUUAAUUAAGCAAAGCAAUGAGGAUUUUUAAUAUGUAUGUAAUUGUUUUAAAGCACCCAUUUUAAGAGAAAAAAUACGGUGCAAUGAAGAAACCAGUUUAGGCAUUUGCUAUAAACUGAAACGAUUCCAAAAGAAUAAUCUAUAACAGCCCUGUAAAUUCCUCUCAAAUGAUAACAGGAAAGUUUGACCAUUUUUUUUAAAUAUACUUCCUUUCAUGUGUUCAAUAA